AUGUUGUUCCGCUGGUUGAACCCUCCCUCCUGGUCCACCUGUAGGUUUUUCUUUUGCUUUUUGCUGCUGCUCCAAACGCCCCAGUCUUCCUCUCCGCUAAUUACAGGUACUGAGGCCAGCUGUGACAAUGAAGGAGAGGUUCUCCACAUCCCCAACAUCACCGACAACCCCUGCAUUACAUGCGUCUGUCUGGACGGUAAAGCAGACUGUAAACAGGAGAAAUGUCCACUUGUCUCAGAGGACUGUGCUCUGGUGGUGAAACAGACUGGAGCUUGCUGUGAAAGGUGUAAAGGUUGUAUGUUAGAUGGAUGCUCCUAUAACAGUUCAGUAUCCUGGACCACCUCCACGAAACCCUGCAUAACAAGACGUUGUCAGGAAGGUGUCAUCACUGAAGCAGAAGUUCAGUGUGUAAUCCACUGCAAAAACCCCAAAAACCACCCAAAGAAGUGCUGCCCCACCUGCCCCGGUUGUAUCUUCGAGGGUCGUCUAUAUAAAGAGAAUCAGGAGUUCAGUCCAGAAGGGAAACCUUGCAUCAAGUGUACCUGCACUGGAGGCCGAACUCUCUGCAUGAGGGAGGUGUGUCCUGUCCUCUCUUGCCCUUCUCAGCUCACCCACACCCUGCCCGGACAGUGUUGUCCCAGAUGUGUCGGUCAGAGGAAGGUGUUCGAUCUCUCUUUGGGAAGCUGUCUGUUCUACAGUCAGGUGUAUGACAAUGGCACCUCCUUUAUACACGAUAACUGUACCACCUGCACCUGCCAGAAUUCCACUGUAGUGUGCAAGAAACGCUGCUCGCGGCCAGGAACUUGCCAAGGCAGGCACUGCUGUGAGGAGUGUCUGUCCUAUGUAAAAGUGGAAGAGGUGAAGUACUGCAGAGUCCGGAACAAGAUCUACAGGGAAGGAGACAUGUGGUCAUCAGUAAACUGUACUCUUUGUACUUGCGUUAAAGGCAGCAUUGAGUGUCAGCCCAAACAGUGUGUACCAAUCACCAGCUGCCCCUCGAAUAAAAUCCUGAACAGAACUGGCUGCUGCCCAGUUUGCACUGAAAAGCCAGGCGUGUGUACAGUCUUUGGCGACCCUCACUACAACACAUUUGACGGCAGGACCUUUAACUUUCAGGGAACUUGUCAGUAUGUUCUGGCUCGUGAUUGUGGUAGCAUUCCCUCUGGAGGGCCUGGGAAUAACAUCAACCUCAACAACCCAGACUCCAGCUUCACGGUGUUGGUGAAGAAUCACGCCCGGAGGACUCGCUCCUUCUCCUGGACUCAGUCUGUCGAGGUGAGGCUGGGUAGUUUGAUCCUCAGCCUGCACCAGCACUUAACGGUACGGAAGAAUGGUACUCGCAUCGCCCUGCCCUACCAUGGCCCUGGGGUGCAUGUAGACCUGGAUGGAUACUUGCUCAAACUCACCACCAUUGCAGGUCUGGAGAUCACAUGGGAUGGUGACAGUUUUGUGGAGGUUGUAGCUGCUCCCCAUCUGCGUGGGCGCCUCUGCGGCCUUUGCGGCAACUACAAUGGCCAUAAGCGUGACGAUACCAUGGGCGGUGACGGCCAGUUCAAGUUUGACGUGGACGAGUUCGCAGAAUCGUGGAGAGUCGAGGGAAAUGAGGUUUGCACCAAACAUCACCCGCCUCGCAGGCCGACUUCAUUCCUGUGCCCCGGCAGCGUUAAAGUCAAGUUCAGAGCUCACCGGGAGUGCCAGAAGAUAAAAUCGUGGCUUUUUAGUAAGUGCCACAGUGUGGUGGACUUCGGGUCUUUUUACAGGUCGUGUGUGACGGACAUGUGUGAGUGUCCAGUCCAUAAAAACUGCUACUGCGAGACCUUCAUCGCCUACAGCAGAGCCUGUGAGAGGGAAGGUGUGCCCGUCCUUUGGAAACCCGAAGCUGCUUGUAUGGCCACCCAGUGUAAACACGACGCAGUGUACGACACCUGCGGUCCAGGCUGCACCAAAACCUGUGACAACUGGAAUGAGAUCGGACCGUGCCGUAAGCCCUGCGUGGCCGGCUGCCACUGCCCCGCCAACCUGGUGAUGUUCCAGGGACGGUGCAUCAAACCCACAGCAUGCCCUGGACGGUGACCCCUAUGAGCCGGGGGAAGGGGACUGAAUUAGGGAGGGUUAUCUGAACUAAAACUAAGGGUCCAAACUAGCAAAGAAGAGUUUGGGAAGACACUAAAGGGUCUCAAGUUGACAGAUAAGAUGCAACAAGGUACUCAGGGUCCAUAACUUCACAAGGAAGUACGCUGUCGUGACUUAGAUGCCAGCGAUCCAACCAAUGGUGACGUACUGAAGGGAAACUCAGAUGAUCAUCUGAUCACGGAGCGUUCGAUUUCUGACUUCCUCACGCCUCUUUGUCACACUGUUACUACACCAGUUGCCACCAAUUACAGUUUUGGAGAAUAAAAACUAAAAUCUCAAGCGACAACUUAAGUGGCAUUUGGAGAUUUUACAACUCACAAAUUUCAGGAACUUCGACAUAUUGCCACAGACCCUCCGGGAACAGUCUGGGGCCAGCGGACUCCUCUUAGAGCCAACAUGGCGACUGAGUUUCUCUCGCAAACACAUUAAAGUGAACAACAGAAUAGUGAGAUUCAAAGUCAAAGAGAAACUCGGAUUCAUCAUAUCAAAACUGAACUUAUCAUCUCUAUUCCAUCAUUUCAUACUGUAAGCUAGCCAGAUUUAUAUGAAAGACAGACAAGCUUUUAUAUAAUUAUUGUUCUAAUUAUUAAUAUUAUUGUUAUUAUUUGUUGUUGAUGUUAAUUUAUAUAUCAGUCAAAUGAAAUGUCGUAGCAAGAGCCAGAAUCAUGAAUAUAAUUGUGUUAUAAAUGAUUUAAAGGGAAACAAAAGCUAUUUAUGUAUUUGUUGUGUAUUUUUUGUUACUGUUUGAAGAGAAAUGCCCAAAUGUGACUCAGCUGUUGCACCAUCGCAGGGAUUAAGUACUGUAUUGUAUUAUGCUCAAUGUACAGGUUGUAGUGGUUAGUAAACUGAAGGUGUUCGUGUAAGCAUAUGUUUCACUUGACGAUAAUUAUUUAAGACCAGCAAUAUAAUCUUUUCUCGAAGUUCAUUUUUGACUGUCGUCCUUCCUCUAUGUAGUGCUGGAGAAAAAUCGAGAUUACGGCUGCUGGUUCAAAUCCCAAAAGAAGCCAGUGUUAAAAAAAAUGAAG